AGAUCCAUUGUUCUUUUUUUCAAGAAAAGGUGCAAUUAUGCCACCAAAAAGAAACGUUGGGAAGGCUGCCCAGACUUUACAGAUUGGGCUUGGUGAAGGCAGUCCAGCACACUUAGAAGGAGAGAAUGAGCCACUCAUUCCACCACCAUUGUCAUCAAUACUUGGGGAGCACUCUUUUGUCAAUCCAACCUUUAACAAGGAUAGUGAAUUUGGAGAUGAUGUUGCUCAAUCUGGUGACUCCUUUAUGAAAGCUGUGUCAGAACAGAUUAGCAUCAUGAGGCGCACACAGUUGGAAUCUAAGGCAAGAGCUCAACAAAGAAGCCAAGAGGUUGCUAGACAGUUGGAUGAGUCUUUUCAGAAUCUGGCUCAGAAUUUGGCUCAAAGUGUAGCCGACAUGCGGCGCUCCAAUGAAGAAAGUGCUAGAAUCUGGAACGAACAAAAUGCAAAAAAUCGGAGAGCUUUCCAAGCUAAAACAGAACGAAUGCAAGAGGCAUUUCGACGUGCCAGAAUUGAACCUCAACCACAAGCAAUAGAUCUUCAAAGGCAGAAUCAGAAUAUUCCAGCUCCAGCACUCGAGAGGCAAGUUAAUCUGCCACAGCCACCUCCUGAGAUUCAGCAGAUGGAAGAUCUUUUUCAUAUCCAGUUCUACCGCAGUGAGCCAGAAGUGUCCAUGGCAGAUUUAUCUUGUCUGGUGCAGCGACCUAGAGAAACAACUGAAGCCUUUCUUGCCAGAUUUCAGAAGGCCAGACUUAAAUGUAGAGUUGCCCCGCCAGAACAAGAAUUUGUCAAGUUGGCACAAAAUGGUCUAGACAUUGAGUUAAGGAAAACGUUUGAGGGAAUGGAGUUUCGUAAUUUCUUUGAGUUGUCUUACAAGGAUAGAAUCGACAAGGGGAUUCUGUGUUUUCCAGAUAAGGCCAAAGAAACUAUGGGAGUUGAUGCAGAUCCAUUCCCUACCUUGUCUGUUGGGGUUAAUGCAGCAAAUCUCAAGAGCAUUGCCAGAGACAGAACUCAGUCAUACUCUAGGCGCAGACUUGUAGCUGAUGAUUUGAGGUGGGAGGCAAGGGCCCACAGAAAUCAGGGAAUUGCGAUAUCUGGAUGCGCAGAAAAGCCUAGAAUGGUGAAACCACCACUCAGAUCUCCAACCAAACGAUGGGAACAUGUGGUGCAUCCAAAAUUUCCUAAGGGUCAGAAUCUAAUGACCUUGAGGAGGCAUUUACAACGUAAAAGGGUAGCAGAAAGACACCAACAGCAGAUUAUAGACUCGGGGGGCAUGGCAGAUCAGGCUCAGCUGCUCCCAGCAACAAGAAAAUCAAUGUGGGUUCGUAAAGAAAAAGGGAGCACAUCUGGUCAGAAUUCUCCAGAAAAGGAGGAACCACCCAGAAGUCCAAUGUCACCUCGAGUUCUGGUUGUGGAAUCAAAUGAAGAAAUCGGAUUGAAGUGGAAGCUCGUUAUUAUGAUGAAGAUAUUGGGAUUAUUUGUUUCUUUGGGAUGGAUCGCUAUGACAGACCUUCUGGAAUUACUGCUUGCACCAGAUCUGCAAUGGACAGAUAGACUAUCUGAGGUAGUUUAUGAAGGGGAAGAGGAUAACUCAAAGGAUCAAAUAACACUAGAGGAAUUAGAUCUGGCACCAGCAAAACUUGAUGAUCUGAAGGCAGAAGUACAAGAUCCCCUGAAAGAGGUAAAUCUAGGUCUGGACAGAAAUCUGGUGGAGCACAGAUUACCCAUUAAAGAAGAAUUUAAACCUUUCAAACAGCCGCCCAGACGAAUGUCUCUAGAAGUUACUUUGAAGGUUAAAGAAGAGAUAGAGUGGCUGUUGAAGGUUGGUUUCAUCAUAACUUCCAGAUAUGUGGAAUGGUUAUCUAAUGUGGUUCCUGUAGUUAAAAAGAAUGGCAAGCUGAGAAUAUGCGCAACUUACCAAAGAGCCAUGAACACCAUCUUUCAUGAUAUGAUUGGUCGUCUUAUGGAGAUUUAUAUUGAUGAUGUGGUUGUGAAAUCUAAUGAAGAUGAAGAACAUCUAGGGCAUUUAAAGAUGGCUUUUGAAAGAAUGAGGAAGCAUGGUCUGAAGAUGAAUCCUUUAAAAUGUGCAUUUGGCAUUGAUUAUUGGGUUGGAAGUGUUGGUAGAACUCAAGUACAGCUCUUGGAGGAGUUUGAUGAUGUUAUCUUGAGACAUGUUACUCGAAAUCUGAACACAGAAGCAAAUGAGAUGGCACGAAUCAGCUCGGGUUUAAAAAUCCCAGAAGGCGUGAUGAGCAGAAUUGUUGUUGUGGAAAAACGAAUUCUGCCAUCUAUUCACAUGUGUGAUGAGUACUGCCAGAUUAUGUCAGAUGUGCAUAACGGAAUCUGUGGUGCACACCAAGCAAGAAUUAAAAUGAGAUGGCUAAUUCGUAGACAUGGAUUCUUUUGGCCAUCAAUCUUGAAAGAUUGCAUCAGCUAUGCUAAAGAUUGCAAAGCCUACCCAAUUCACGGACCACUACAGAAAGUUCCAGCGUCAGAACUCCAUCCAAUCGUCAAACCAUGGCCAUUUCGAGGAUGGGCCAUAGAUUUGAUCGAUAAAGUUUAUCCUCCUUCAACUAAAGGGCAUUCUUUUAUUAUUGUUGCCACAUAUUACUUUACCAAGUGGGUGGAAGUAAAGCCAAUGAAGAAGGUUUUGCGAACCCAAGCUCUUGGGUUUGCCUGGAGAACUUCACAAAAGAGUUUUACCAAGGUAACUCCUUUCUCUUUAACUUAUGGACAUGAUGCUGUUCUGCCCAUGGAGUUGUCUGCUAGAUCAUUGCGUAUAGCAAUUCAACAUGGUCUCACUUCUGGAGAAUAUAAUGAAGCAAUGAUUCUAGAGUUAGAAGACCUUGAAGGUAUGCGAUUGACGGCCUUAGAUAGGCUGCAAACGCAGAAAUUAAAAGUGGCUCAAGCAUACAACAAAUGGGUGAAAUCCAGAAGUCUGGUAGAAGGAGAUUUGGUAUGGAAAGUAAUUCUGCCACCUGGAAAGAAAGACCACAGAUUUGGGAAAUGGUCUCCAAAUUGGGAAAGACCAUUUUGUAUACAUGAAGUGCUUAGAGGAGGAGCAUAUUGGCUUGAAUCAUUAAAUGGAGAGUUACAUCCUUGAAGAAUAAAUGGACCCUUAAGCC